ACACGAUGUUCUCGACUGUUCGAUUUAUUACAUCUAGGUUCUACUAGUUCAAGUGAAAAUGCUUCCAGGCUUACCACUGGCAAUGUCAUUGUGGUGGAUGUAGACUGCACAUGUUUCCGUACUUCAAUUACAAUCGGAAAAUGCCAUUACCAUCCACUACUUCUCUCACAGUACUAUGGUGAGGGAUGCGCUGCACAUUUUGUUCAAUACUCACAAUCUCCCCGAGGACUACUCUACAUGUCUUCGACUAUUGCGAACCUGCAUUCUCAACUCUGGAGGUAAAAAAUGUACACUCUUUCAUCGCUCACAGGCGAUUUGCCUUCUCUACACGUACAACUUUUCAUAAUAAGCUUAUGUACAUGUAUGUCAAGUGCGGCAGUUUGGUUGAUACCCGUAAAGUGUUUAACCACAUGAACGAACGAGACGGCGUCUCAUGGAAUACAAUUAUUGCAGCGUACAGAAGACAUGGGUAUCCUCAAGAGGCAGUCACACUGUUUUACCAUAUGCAACAAACAGGUCUCCAACCCGAUCAGUUCACAUUUGCCAGCGUACUCCCAGCCUGUGCCAAAAUUGGAGCUUUGGAACAGGGUAUGGGUAUCCAUCAAAACAUAAUGGAAGGGGGAUUGUUGUCAAAUAUUAUAGUUGGAAAUGCUCUGAUAGACAUGUAUGCAAAAUGUGGAAUCAUAGAUAAGGCACGUGAACUGUUUGACAGAAUGUCUCAGAGAGAUGUCAUCUCGUGGACUGCAAUGGUUGCAGGAUAUGCACAAAAUGGAUUUGGUGAAAAGGCUUUAGAAACUUUCAAUCAAAUGCAAUUGGCAGGUGUAAAACCGAAUUCUACAACCUUUGCAAGCAUCCUCCCUGCCUGUGCCAAAAUGGGAGCCUUGGGACAGGGUAUGGACAUCCAUCAAAGCAUAAUGGAAAGGGGAUUUUCGUCAGAUAUCAAAGUUGGGAAUGCUCUGAUUGACAUGUAUGCGAAAUGUGGAAUCAUAAACAAGGCACGUGAACUGUUUGACAGAAUGCCUCAAAGAGAUGUCAUCUCAUGGAAUGCAAUGAUUGCAGGAUAUGUACAAAAUGGAUUUGUUGAGAAGGCUUUAGAAACUUUCAAGCAAAUGCAAUUGGCAAGUGUACAGCCCAACUCCAUAACCUUUGCCAGCAUCCUCCCUGCCUGUGCCAAAAUGGGAGCUCUGGAACAGGGUAUGGACAUUCAUCAAAGUAUAAUGUUAGGGGGCCUUUUGCCAGAUAUUAUAGUUGGAAAUGCUCUUGUAGACAUGUAUGCAAAAUGUGGAAUUAUAGACAAGGCACGUGAAGUGUUUGACAGAAUGCCUAAAAGAGAUGUCAUCUCGUGGACUGCAAUAAUUGCAGGAUAUACACAAAAUGGAUUUGUUGAAAAGGCUUUAGAAACUUUCCAGCAAAUGCAAUUGGCAGGUGUAAAGCCAAAUUCCACAACCUUUGCCAGCAUCCUCCCUGCCUGUGCCCAAAUGGGAGCUUUGAAGCAGGGUAUGGACAUCCAUCAAAGUAUAAUGGAAGGGGACUUUUUGUCAGAUAUUAAAGUUGGAAAUGCUCUUGUAGACAUGUAUGCAAAAUGUGGAAUAAUAGAAAAAGCACGUGAACUGUUCGAUAACAUGCCUCAAAGAGAUGUUAUCUCAUGGACUGCGAUGAUUGCAGGAUAUGUACAAAAUGGAUUUGUUGAAAAAGCUUUACAUACUUUCAAGCAAAUGCAAUUGACAGGUGUAAAAUCAGACUCCACAACCUUUGUCAGCAUCCUCCCUGCCUGUUCCAAAAUGGGAGCUUUGGAACAAGGUAUGGACAUCCAUCAAAGCAUAAUGGUAGGGGGGGUUUUGUCAGACAUUAUAGUUGGAAAUGCUCUAGUUGACAUGUAUGCAAAAUGCGGAAGCGUACACAAGGCACGCAAACUGUUUGAAAGUAUGCCUCAAAGAGAUAUCAUCUCGUGGAAUGCAAUGAUUGCAGGAUAUGCACAAAAUGGAUUGUGCAAGGAUGCUUUCACAUUAUUUGAAUUAAUGCAGCACUCUGGAACAUAUCCUGACAUUGUAAGCUUUGCUUGUGUUCUAUGUGCAUGCGUCCAUGCAGGUUUAGUAGAUGAGGGCUGUACAUACUUCAACCGCAUGAGUAACUGUUAUUGCAUUACACCUACAGUUGAUCAUUAUAUGUGCAUGGUUGACCUUCUUGCCCGUGCUGGCUAUCUUGAGGACACCCUAAACUUCAUAAUUAAGAUGCCAGUUAAACCUGUGGUGGUUGUGUGGAUGUGUUUUCUUGGUGCCUGCAGAUUACAUAUGAAUAUAGGUUUAGGUGUAUUUACGGCAACACUGCUUUUUGAUUUGGAUCCUAAAAAUGCUGCAACUUAUGUUAUUCUUUCAAACAUCUAUGCACAAGUGGGCAGGUGGGGUGAGGUUCAAAUGGUAAGGAGAUUGAUGAAAGAUAGAGGAAUUAAAAAGAUCCCUGGAUGUAGUUGGAUUGAAAGUCAUAAAAUGGUACAUGCAUUUUGUGUAGGAGAUAGAUCACAUCCACAGACAAAGGAGAUUUAUGAGGAGUUGGAGAAAUUGGCUUGGGAGAUGAAGGCAGCAGGGUAUUUUCCAGAUUCAAAACGUUUACUUAAUGCCGUGGAAGAGGAGGAAAAAGAGUUAUUUCUCUGCCAUCAUAGUGAAAAGUUGGCAAUUGCAUUUGGUUUGUUAAAUACACCUCUUGGAACAACUAUUAGAGUUGUUAAGAAUCUUCGAGUAUGUGUUGAUUGUCACACUGCAACAAAAUUUAUCUCCAAGAUUGUUGCAAGAGAAAUUGUUGUGAGAGAUGCCAGCCGUUUUCAUCAUUUUAAACAGGGACAAUGUUCUUGUGGAGAUUAUUGGUGAUGCUAAAUGAAGAAGUCUGAAAAAUAGGCGACACUGUUUUUUAUUUGUAUCCUAAAAUUGCUGAGACUUGUGUUCUUCCAAAUAUCAUUGGAGAAGUGGGCAGGUGGGAUGAGGUUCAAAUGAUAAGGAGAGUGAUGAAAGAUAGAGGAAAUGAAAAGACCCCUGGAUUUAAUUGGAUUGAAGGCCAUAUGGUACAUGCCUUCUGUGUAGGAGACAGAUCACAUCCACAGACACAAGAGAUCCAUGUAAAGUAAGAGAAAUUGGCUUUGGAGAUGGAGGCAGCAGGGUAAUUUCCAGAUUCAACACAUUUACUUAAUGCUGUGGAAGAGGAGGAAAUAGAAUCGUUCCCCUACUACCAUUGUGAGAAGUUGGCAACUGCAUUUGGUUUGUUAGAUACCCCCUGGAACAACUAUUAGAGUAGUUAAAGAAUCUUCAAGUAUGUGCAGAUUGCCACACUGCAACUAAAUUUAUAUGCAAACUAUUUCCAUCAUUUCAAACAGGGACAGUGUGCCUGCAGAGAUUAUUGGUGAUGUUAAAUGAAGCAAUUUGGAAAAUAGGUUCGUUAAUAAUGUGCCUGUCAGACCUUCAGUAAUAAUGAAGGGAAAAGGUUUUAUUUUCA